AUGCAUAUCUCAGCCAUCGCCGUUGCUGUCUCGGCUCUUGCAGUCUCCGUCAGUGCCGCUGUACCUGGCAAUUACGGUGAACAGCCACCCACAUACCCAGCUCCCUCCACCUCGGUUGCCCCAACUUACCCAGCUGAGCCAACCUACCCAGCCGAGCCAACAUACCCAGCCGAGCCAACAUACCCAGCUGAGCCAACCUACCCAGCCGAGCCAACCUAUCCAGCUGAGCCAUCUUACCCGACCGAGCCCGAGCCAACCUAUCCAGCUGAGCCAUCUUACCCAACCGAGCCCGAGCCAACCUAUCCAGCUGAGCCAUCUUACCCAACCGAGCCCGAGCCAACCUAUCCAGCUGAACCAUCUUACCCAACUGAGCCCGAGCCAUCCUCAUACCCAACCGCCGUCCCAACCUACCCAGAGGAGACCAUCCCAAGCUACCCAACUGACACUCCCACAGACGUUCCCCAUUACCCGACCGGGACCCCAUCUGUGGAACCCACGUAUCCUGCCCACACCCCGUCGAGCUACCCAGUUGGGCACCCCAAACCAAGCUACAGUGCCACUCCCAUCCCCCCCGGAAGUGUUCCUCCCACCUAUCCUAUCGGCACCAAGCCACCAGUUGUCUACCCGACUGGCACUGGUGUCUACCCGACUGGCACUCCCGUCCCCACCUAUCCCCCUGGUGACUCUGGCGCUUUCUCCGCUGGCGUUCCCGUCGGCCUAGGCCUUGCUGCUGCUCUCUUCGCUGCUUUCCUGUAA